AUGUCAACCACUACCUGUCUCCAGCUCGAAGAGCUGCCAAACAAGCCGUCGACUUUCCAUCGUUAUAUAUUCUCUGAAACUCACUUUCAGCCUUCUGUUCCUAAUAGAACACAUGCGAAGAUAGAUGAUCAUACAUCAACGACUUCCAGUCCUUUGGAAGCAAAGCAGAGGGUUCUGCUGCUGAAGGCGGCCAGAGAACAAUAUACCCUGGUAGAUGACCAUCAUGUGCCUUCUAUUCUUCAUCCAGGAGAAGUCCUCGUCAAGGUUUUGGCGAUCGGCUUGAACCCGAUCGACUGGAAAGGACCAGCAUUCAACUUUGGAAUUCCCAGUCUCCCGUGGAUCAACGGACGCGACUUGGCAGGACUAGUGCUCCAAGUCCCUAGCGAGUCCUCCCGCCUACGCGUAGGUGACAUUGUCCUCGUGCCAUCCACAGAUUACCGGGACAUCAGAAAAGCAGCCUUCCAAGAAUACGCAAUCGCCACUGACUUUAAUGCCGCGCGCAUUCCAUCUACAACAUCUAUCCAUGCAUCGGCAUCCCUUGGCGUGGCCUUUGUUGCUGCUGUAUUAGCCCUGGGCAUCUCAUUUGGACUAGACUUCUCUCGUCUUACACAAUCACCUGGUCCCAAUUUGGUGAACGUCGUCAAUCAACUUAAUAAGAGUGAUAUUCCUGUCGAUAUCCAAGAUGAAGUUUUCGCUACACAUGAUGAGUCGGAUCGGCCUCAGCGAGGUGACUGGCUUGCGGUCUGGGGAGCUUCAACAACCACUGGACUGGUGGCUCUUCAGCUAGCAAAGCUCGCCGGUCUGCGAGUGAUCUGCGUAGCAGAUAUCGCACGACACGGCGCCAAGCUCUUAGAAUCUGGAGCCGAUUUACUGGUCGAUCGACACGACACAGAUCGAGCAGUGGAGAUUAUUCGCGGGGUGACUGGUGGCAAGUUGCGGUAUGCUAUUGAUAUCGUUGGCAAGGAUACAGCUACGAUACUCGAGAAGACACUGGAUCCUUCGGGUAAUGCCCAUCUCUUAGGGCUCACGGGUCUUCCUAAAGAGCGGAACCCUGGGAUCAAGUACCACACCGUGCCCAUAAAGCUCUUCCACAGUGCCCCUGCAGUGGGUGAGAGUAUGGUCACUUGGCUGGAAAAUUUGCUGCAAUCGGGUAUCUUGGCCCUGCCGGAAAUUGUUCGCGCAGAUGGUGGAUUAGAGGGUAUCAAUGCUGCACUGGAUGUUCUGCGGAGCGGGACGGUUUCUGGAAAAAGGAUCGUGGUUGAUCUGGGCCCGAAAGAAUCUCAGCCCUAA